CAAGAUUCUUAAAAUAUUUCAAAACUCCCACCAAACUUCCACCUUUAAAACUCUCAUCCCAAUCAACCCCACCAGAUUUCGUCUCCUCGUCGUCUCAGGGAUCUAGAAGAUGGCAGGCAAGGGAGGGAAAGGGCUCGUAGCUGCAAAGACGAUGGCUUCUAACAAGGACAAAGACAAGGGCAAGAUGAAACCCAUCUCUCGAUCUGCUCGUGCCGGUAUUCAGUUUCCAGUGGGUCGUAUCCAUAGGCAACUCAAGACAAGGGUUUCGGCACACGGAAGAGUUGGUGCCACUGCUGCUGUUUACACUGCUUCGAUUCUGGAGUACUUGACUGCAGAAGUUCUUGAGUUAGCUGGAAACGCAAGCAAAGAUCUGAAAGUGAAGAGGAUAACUCCAAGGCAUUUGCAGUUGGCAAUCAGAGGAGACGAGGAGCUUGACACGCUCAUCAAAGGAACCAUUGCCGGAGGUGGUGUCAUCCCUCACAUCCACAAGUCUCUCAUCAACAAAACCACCACUGAGUGAUUUGUUGUUAAAGUGAUCUUUGCUAGUUAGUUGCUCAUCGUGUGUUGGUGUUUUGUUAACGUCUUGAACUGCUUUUCCCCUUCCUUUAUUAGUGUUGCCUUUUAUUGGACAUCUUCAGGUGUACAUGAGUUAAUUUGAACUCUUCUGCUU